CCUCUCCUCUCCAAUACAUGCAAGUCACCUUCUCUUAUCAAAUAUUAAAGAAAAAUAUCUCUCUAUCAUCCUUUGAUUCUGGCUUCAACAAAGGCUCUGAUCGGAUUCUUUUAGGGAACAAGUAAGAGAAACAAAACCAAAUCCAUGGAAGAUGAAACAGAGCAUUUCUUGACGAAGAACAAUGUAAUUUCAGGGUACUCAAUUCAUGAAGGAGUUGUUGAGUUGAAGAAUUUCAGGACAUUUUUCACAUGGGUUUGUCUAGAUCAAUCCAAUCUAUGGAGAACUGGUCUCUCAUGGUCAAUCUUCUUUCUUCUAAACAUUGGUGUUCCACUUCUCUCCCACUUCAUCUUUUCUUGCUCAACCUGUGAUUCCAAGCACCGCAAGCCUUAUGAUGCAUUUGUCCAAUUGUCUCUCUCAGUUUUCGCCACGCUCUCAUUCAUCUGUCUCUCUUCUUUUGCUCGUAAAUACGGAUUCAGGAGGUUUAUGUUCCUUGAUAGAUUAUGUGAUGUGAGUGAGAAGGUUCGACAAGGAUAUACACAGCAGCUCCAUAGAUCAAUGAAGCUCCUGUCUGCUUUUGUCCUCCCCUGUUUUGUCGCGGAUUGCGCCUACAAAAUAUGGUGGUUUGUCUCAGGCGGAACCCAAAUUCCCUACUAUGGUAACAUCUAUGUGAGCAACAUCAUUGCCUGCACAUUGCAGCUGUUUUCGUGGCUAUACCGGACAUCAAUUUUCUUCCUCGUGUGUGUUCUCUUCCGGCUCAUAUGCUACCUGCAGAUACUCAGACUAGACGACUUUGCUCAGGUCUUUGAAAAAGAAUCUGAUGUGGGUUCAAUCUUGAUUGAACACGUCAGGAUUCGAAGAAAUCUCCGGAUCAUAAGCCAUAGAUUUCGAGUAUUUAUUCUAUUGACAAUAAUCUUUGUCACAGCAAGUCAGCUUGCUUCUCUGCUCGUGACAAUUGAAUCUUCAGCUACAGUCAAUAUCUUCCGAGCUGGAGAACUUGCAUUAUGCUCCAUCACACUGGUGACUGGGCUAUUCAUAUGUCUGCGCAGCGCGACAAAGAUCACACACAAAGCACAGUCUGUGACAUGCCUUGCAGCCAAGUGGCACAUCUGUUCGACAAUCAACUCUGUCGAGGAUUUGGACAAUGAGACUCCAACAGCUCAGAUUGCUUCAUCCCCAACAUAUCCUGUCAUUGGCAAUUGGGAUGAGUCUGAUAACGAAGAAGGAGAUGGAGAUGACAUUCUGGAUAACACAAAUAUGGUGCCAAUUUUUGCAAAUUCUAUUUCAUACCAGAAAAGGCAAGCUCUAGUGACAUAUUUUGAGAACAAUAGAGCUGGGAUUACAGUAUUUGGAUUCAUGCUAGACAGGACAUGGCUUCAUACCAUUUUUGUGAUUCAGUUAUCUCUUACUCUUCGGUUGCUCAACAAGACAAUUGGUAUCUCUUGAUCUUCUUUUUACUUGUGUGUGUGUGUGUCAGAGAGAGAGAGAGAGAGGGAGAGGAGGGGGUUGUUCAUGGAGGCAAUGUGCAAUGUAUUGAUUCCACCAAAGCAUAAGGCUUGUGCGUGCGUGAGUGUGUGUGAGAGAGGGAGAGAGAGGAGGGGGUUUUUCAUGGAGGCAAUGUGCAAUGUAUUGAUUUCACCAAAGCAUAAGGCUUGUGCGUUUGUGUAUGUGUGUGUGUGUGUGUGAGAGAGAGAGAGAGAGAGAGAGAGGGGAGGGGGGGGAGGCAAUGUAUUGAUUUCACCAAAGGCUCAAAGCAUAAGGCUUGUGCGUGAGAGAGAGAGAGAGAGAUUUCCAAAGUUUUUAAUCCCUAAUCCAUUGUAUAGUUUUCCAUCUUUGUGUAAACAUGGCAGUUAAAAUCUGGAAGAUGUUCAGUUGAAGAAAUAUACAAAAGCAAGGGCUGUUUGGGCAUGUAUUAUUGCAACGAGUCAAAGACACAGUUUUGAUUUCACCAAAGCACAAGGGCAUAAAUUUGAAACAAUUUUCCAUUCCAUGGAUCAAUUUGUCUAGGUUUUAGAAUCCUGAGUUGGCCGGGCUGCAGACGGUUUCAAAUGAUGGAAUAGUAACCACCAAUUCAUAAGGAUUCAGAGCAAUUGUAAAUCACGAGUUGAUGAAAUUGCUUUUGCAUACAAAAUGCAUUUGGUGAUGCAUAUUUCUUUUUUCUUCUUUUUUUUACAAUAUGUCUAGGACUG